GUGAUAUAAUUAUUAAUUAAGAUAGAAGUACCGAAAGAGGCAAGAGCUGCAGGUUGUUGUAUAGUCCUAUAAAGAUAACAGAGACUGAGGUCAUGGGCAAGCUUUCUUCAACAAGUAUAUUCUUCAGAAUCACAAGAUGGUGGUAGCUUUGGAAGCUCGAAAUGGAAGGCAUUUGCAGCGUUAUUACAAAGGCAGUCGCCAAGUCGUGGGAUGUAUACCAUAUAGAGUUGUAGAGAAUGGAAAAGACUUUGAAGUAUUAAUGAUUAGUUCACAAAGGAAAGGCAAGGGCAUGCUGUUCCCCAAGGGAGGUUGGGAAAAUGACGAAUCUAUUGAGGAUGCGGCCUUGCGAGAGACAGAGGAAGAAGCUGGGGUGAAAGGCAUUAUUGAGAAGAAAUUAGGAAAUUGGAUUUUCAAAAGCAACGGAAGUGAUGUUUAUCAUGAGGGACACAUGUUUCCUUUAUGUGUUGAGGAACAACUGGAUUCAUGGCCUGAGAAAGACAUUCGUAGCAGAGAAUGGAUGAGCGCCUCUGAUGCUAAAAAAGUUUGCCAACAGUGGUGGAUGAAAGCAGCUCUGGAUUUAUUAGUAGACCGUUUCACAUCUCCACAGAAGCAAGAGUUGGAUGCUGCCCUAUAAUUUAUAAGAAUCUCCCAACUUGUAAAUAGUUUACUGUUGUCCACUCUUAAAGAUAUUCGGGGUAAUGGUUAAUUGCAGAAAUUUAAUACCUAGACAUCCUUAUUUUCCCAAGCAA